UUCAUAGUAUCUGAUUUUACAAAGAAAGCAAAAAAGAGAAAAAGAUGCUAAGAUCAUAUGUUGUCUCUUUGAUUAUAUUCGCAGCUCUCAUUUUAUGUGUGGGAUCUAAGAGAAUAGAUGGACAAGAGAAGAUCGAGCCAUGGAUGUACAGUAUAAAUUCGUCGUGUAAUAAUGAUCAUCCAGAACUUGGAAGAUGUCUUCCAGGUAUUGAUGAUUCUACUACUAGUGACGGAAAAUGCUGGAAAUUUUGCAUUAUUGAAGGGUGCGAAAGCGGAGGAUUCUGUAAACUCAUAGGGAAGAAACAUGUAUGUCACUGUUAUAAUGCAGAUCAUUAAUAUGCAUCACAAAUUUAUAGAUAUCUAAAAAUAUAUAUAAAGAUCAAAAGAAGCAUUUCAUU